GGCGGCGAGAAGAAGAAAAACGGACCACCACCAACAAGACAACACCCACCCACCCACCUCGCAUCACUCGUGACCAUCAUCGCAGCAGCGCAGCAUCAUGGGUUGUGUCUUUGGGCGCAUGGGCGCCAGUGGUGACGCUGGUGAGCCUCAACACAAGGUCUAUUCAUGGGACAAGCGGGAAGCCAAGGACCUGUCACAGCUGCAGUUCAAAGACCUCAAAGGGGAGGUGAAGGGUAAGCAGUCUGGGGAUAUUGGCAAGGAGCAGUUCCAAAUCGACAACUGUGAGGAUUGUAGUCUGUUCUUGUUUGACACCAGCGCUGCUGUGACCAUCGAUGACUGCAAGAACUGCGACAUCUUCGUUGGCCCAGUCCAGGGCAGCAUCUUCAUCCGAAACUGCCACAACUGCCGCGUCGUCGGCGUAUGCCAACAAUUCCGCACACGAGACUGCACAAACAUUGCGUCAGCGCUGUGCUGUCAGACACUGCCCAUCAUCGAAUCGAGCACUGGCAUGUCCUUCUUCUGCUUCCGGGGAAAUUACUUUGCACUCUCUGGCCAGAUGGCAGCUUCUGACAUCAGCGAAUACAACAACAACUGGUCCCGCAUCCACGACUUUACCAAGAACAAAGAGACGCCAAACUUUCAAAUAUCACCAGAGGCGCCGUUGUGGCUGGAAACCUUCUACGCCAAGGCAGCGGAGGCUGUGCCCAGCGUUGCAGUUGAUACAGACCCGGCACAGGCCACCGUCCCCAUCACCACACAGCCGGGGAAGCCAGCUUCCAGCGAGAAUGUGCUCGUGAUUCUGUUCCCGCCAGCAACCAAGAAGGCGCGCAAGUUCUGCCGCAGCAUUCACGCUGCACAGGGCCUGUCGCUCAUACAAACACGGGAGGUGCCGAUGGAGGCAUCAGAUGUGUCACGGGUGCUCCAUUCCUCCGACACUGAAGCGCUCGCGUCUGCAGCAACGGGCUCUGUCGUCAGUUUUGAAAUUGGCGGCGAAACAGCCGAGUCCUUUGUGCAAUCCACCCUCCAGGAGCUCGGCCUCCUCGACAACGCGUACGUCUCCACAGACAGCUCAUCCCCAGACAAGGACAUGGCCGCAUUCUAUCUCCACGCAGACUCCAUUCGCAAAAUUUGAAGCCCGCAUCACGUUCUGCCUUUGUUUGUACGUUUGGUUUUUUUUUUUCGCGUUUGCUCCCUCCAUCUUCAUCCAAUCCUUUUCCUUAUUCCUGUUUCGGCUGCUUGUGUGCAUAGGCCUAUAGGCAUGCGGAAGCAUAUGGCGCUGGUGUUGUGAGUUGCGUGCCCUCGUUUGAGCAGAAAGCAACGCUGUUUACCGUCACAACGUGGUUAGUGACAUGGUGUGU